AUGGCGGAGGAAUUACCAUAUGAAGGGUAUCUCGAGUGCAAAUUAAACAAAAAGUGGAAACUCCGUUUUGCGACGAUUAAUGGGUCGACACUGUAUUACUACAAAACAGAACUCGACGACAAACCCGAAGGGAAAAUUGAACUGAAAGGCGGCGUGAUGAACUCAGACCCCAAACACAAACUGAAUGAAACCCAUAAAAAUUCGUUCCAUUUAGUUAUUGGAGACGUCACUCAGCAAUUCAAAUGUACACAAGACAUGUUCAAAGAGUGGGUGGACGUCAUCACAAAACGAGCAUUGCUGGCUCCCAAAGAGGCCCCAACAAAAGCACUUAUUGCAAAAUCAAAACGUACGUUAAUGGACAAAAUCACAAGAAAUACUGUUGCGUCGGUAGGUGGGAGUGGCAGUGCAAGUUUUGUGAUGAACGACGAAGUAAAGAAUUUAUUGAGUGCGAUCGAACGACUUGUGGAAAUAGAUGUUGGCAAAGAGGUUGCGAAAAAGACGGAGAAAUUCAUCAUGAAAUUGGUAGCAAAGUGUUACAUGGAGUGGCAACAUCAUAACAUCUCAAACGAACAAAUUUAUGCACUUGACAAACCUUUAAGAGAGGCGUUCACUAUGUUUGAUCAACUCUUUAGAUACUUUGGGAUGAAAAAAGCAGAGUUUUUAAAACCAGGGUUUCAGAAAUUGGUCGACUUGUUGAAUGAACAGAUUAAAACACAAUUACUAACUACUUUAAGACCAUGUUUGUCUCCAAAGAAUUUGGCUAAGUUACGUGAGCUAUUUAAUAUGUUCUUUAAAGUCGAAUUCUUCGAAAGAGUGUGGUCUAAGACUACACCCGAAGACGACGUCAGCGAACACUUGUUCAACAUCGUACAAUCUAUGAACCAAUAUAAUUCUUUCCCACUGAAUCUUCCACAAGUCUGA